AUGGGCGAUUUGCCACCGGGAACGACGAUAUAUACGAUUAAUGCACCUGGUAUGGGAACGGCUACCGGACGACGACGUUGGAAGAAACCUGCCGAUGGCUCUGCGGAGCCUAAGAAAUCAGCAGACCGACCAGGCUCGGAAUCCAAGAAGCCAGAUCAGCCGGCUGCUGCUAAACCUGUUCAAUGGGUUGGCACUAAAUCUGACCAACCUGCUGCUGCUGAGGCCAAGAAACCAGAUCAAGCGGUCGGUGCCUUGGGCAAGGCUACUCCAACGCGUACAAAAUCAGGGCAUUCACCAACUGCUGGCAACGUAUGCUGUAACGUAUUUCCAUGUGGAGGUGACCCAGGUUCACCUUCCAAUGUUCGACAAGAACGAAGUGCAGCCGGUAAAGAAACAGAAACAGAGACGGCUCUCACCAAUGUAUCCAGGAUUCCUGCUCUAAUGUCCCAGAUAGCCAUGCUGAACAAUAAGAAUCUAAUACAAAAGCAAAGUGAUUACAUGUACUAG